AUGCACAUAGGCCAGCAUAAUGUGACGCCUCCAGCAGCAUCUUUGUCUUCAAUAUCGGGAUCGUGGCGCCUGACAAAAUGGCUGAAGUUUGUGUCGUUGGUGGUUCUCGUCAUCAGUCUCACAUCCAUUGUGAGAGUCGAGGCACAGACGCCAGGCCAGAUCAAAGCGUUGAAGAAGGAAGUUGAAGAUCUUUUUUAUCAUGGAUACGAAAAUUAUAUGGCCCAUGCGUUUCCUGAAGACGAACUGCGACCUAUUUCCUGCAAACCCCUGACGCGCGACCGCGAGAAUCCGGCUCACAUCGAAGUCAACGACCCUUUAGGGAACUACUCUUUGACGCUCAUAGAUAGCUUAUCAACACUUGCUAUCCUGGCUUCUAGUCCCUCCUCGCCGAAAUAUAAUAAAGCCUUACACUUGUUCCAGGACGGUGUCCGGAGUCUGGUCGAGCAAUACGGCGAUGGCACUGAUACCGAGGCCGGCCAAGGUCUAAGAGCUCGAGGGUUUGACUUGGAUAGCAAAGUUCAGGUCUUUGAGACUGCGAUACGAGGACUAGGUGGCCUGUUGAGUGCCCACUUGUUCGCCACGGGAGACUUGCCUAUACGUGGAUACUCUCCGGUAACAAAGGAGACUGUCAUUGCACAAAAGUCGCCAAAAAGCUUCACCAGCAAUCAUACUCGUGUCAUAUUAUGGGAGAACGGCUUCAAGUAUGAUGGUCAACUGCUUAGACUGGCGUACGACCUGGGAAACCGUUUGAUCCCUGCAUUUUGGUCGUCAACUGGAAUACCGUAUCCUCGCGUCAAUCUUCGCACCGGCAUCCCGUUCUAUACAAACUCUCCUCUCAAUGUCGGUACAGAAAGUGAACAAAGUGGUCCUCGUCAGAGUGCGCCAGAGAUCACCGAAACGUGUAGUGCCGGUGCUGGAAGUCUCGUCCUUGAGUUCACUGUUCUGAGUCGCUUGACUGGAGACAGCCGCUUUGAAGAGCUUGCGAAGCGAGCUUUCUGGGCUAUUUGGAAUCGACGAAGUGGCCUUGACCUGAUCGGAAGUGGUAUCGAUGCUGAAACAGGACACUGGAUCGGUACCUGGACCGGCAUUGGUGCGGGCAUUGACAGCUUCUUUGAGUAUGCCUACAAAUCCUAUGUACUGCUUUCUCGAGAUGCGCAUCCCGAUUAUGUAACACCGAUGGAGGCCGAAGAUCCACGUGUACUGUUUGAGGCUCUACCACUAGAAGAGGAUACGUCGCAAGCCUUUCUCGAGGCUUGGAACGCUGCUCAGGCUGCAAUUCGACGGCACCUCUACAGAGGCCCUAAUUACCAGCAUCCCCACUAUGUUCAGGCCGACUUGAUCACAGGUGCUGCCAGAGGGUUCUGGAUCGACGCACUCAGCGCCUUCUAUCCUGGGUUGUUGACAAUGGCAGGCCACGUGGAAGAGGCUGUCGAAACGCAUCUUCUUCAGACUGCGCUCUGGGACAGGUUCUCUGCUCUCCCGGAGCGCUGGAGUCUGGUCACUGGAGGUAUCGAGGGCGGAUUGGGCUGGUGGGUUGGCCGGCCCGAGUUUAUCGAGUCGACGUACUACCUGUACCGUGCCACUGAAGAUCCAUGGUACUUCCACGUCGGAGAAAUGGUUCUUCGGGACAUCAAGCGUCGUUGCUGGACCAAGUGCGGCUGGGCCAGCAUUCAGAAUGUCUUGACGGGCGAACAGACGGAUAGAAUGGAGAGCUUCUUCUUGGGCGAAACCGCCAAGUAUCUGUUUCUCCUUUUCGACCCCUCUCAUCCCCUCAACCACCUAGACGAACCCUUCGUGUUCACGACAGAGGGUCAUCCGCUACUGAUUCCUCGCAGUGUAGAUAAUGGUCAUCACCAAGGCAAGCUCUGGAACCCCGUCCCUCAAGAGGAGGCUACCUGUCCUGUCAGUCCACCGCCACUGCCCUUCAGCAUCUCCAAUAUAGCUGCAAGAGGGGACGUGUACCAUGCUGCCAACCUUGCCAGAUUACAUCUGAUGCCGACGAGAGAUAAUGUAGAGUCGGUGCUUGGAGAGUACGCUGCUGAUCAUCCAAGUAUCACGCUCUCAGACAUCAGCUCUCCGUCCAAUUACACCUACUACCCGUGGACACUGCCAACGGACUUAGUACCCUUCAACGCCACCAGUUCUCUUAUCCCGACAAAGCCUACACUUGACAUAUCAUUUCCCGCAAUCACAAAUCUAGGUCAACCUACGCCGCCGCUCCAGCGCGUCAAAGAAGGAAUCCUGAUCAAUUACAUUGGAGGGCUCCGUCUCGGGAUGGUGCGAGAUGUCCCCAUUCUACUGGGUACCGGCAUAGUUGAGGCGUUUCGCAUUCAAACAAUCAAUAAUCUCCCUCUGGGCAAAGAUGAGAAAGUGUUUCUGGCUCGCGACACCGGAAAAGAAAGCUUGAGUAACACCGAUCCUAACUUUACACGCAUUCGAGAUGCAGUCAUGCUGGAUAUUGUGAUCGAGCUCUCCGGUCCCAUCGAGCCGGAAGACAUGCAGGUCAAUACAACCGAUGAAACAUACUUCCUUAGUCUUCGUGACCUCGAAAGGCAAUCUGCGGAAUCCGACAGCGCAAUGCGAGCGGCCUGGAACGCCAUCGUCUCGCAAAUCUCAAACCUCCUCAAAGACCACCAGCCUCAGCCGUCGUGGCCGUUUACCACUCCUCUUUCGAUCCGCUCCACCUCAACGUCACAGCAGCAAGCGGCUUCUUCAUCAUCUGAAAACACGCCACGUUAUCACCUCGCAGCAGUCACGCCCACGGGUCCCGGCGCUGCGCCGUUGCCGGACUGGCCUGAAGUCAUGAGCAUGACGGCCGCUGGCUCGCAAUCGCCUCCGCUGUCGUGGACCACGGUCUACGCAACCGACGAUCUGUGCAACCAUAAAUUACCAGCCCACGUCGUAAAGACGCAUCAGGUCCUCGUGGUCAAACGCGGGGGGUGCAACUUCAGUGCCAAACUCGCCAACAUUCCUACCUUUACGCCCUCGGCGCAUUCUCUCCAGCUCGUCAUUGUCGUCUCCUACGGCAGUGACCGAGUUUCCGAGGACGAGGACCCAGUUGGCGGUGGAGGCGGCGGCGGCGGUUUCGACGACGAAGAGCAUCAACUGGUCAGACCGCACCUCGAUCAGCCGCAGCGCACACCUGCUGGGUUGCCACGACAUAACCCGAUACCCAUGGUUAUGGUCGGCGGUGGCAAGAACGUAUAUGACGCUUUGGCUACGAAAACAGUGGGCGUCGGUGUCAAGAGACGGUACCAUGUUGAGACACAGGGCGUCAGGAUCACGAAUCUGAUCAUCGUAUAG